UCAACGAUAAUUUUUUUCAGGAAAAUGGCGGAAAAAUGUAGUUUAUUAUAGGACUACGUUGUCUGGAGGCUUAGUAGUUGAAUUGGUUGAUUUAAAUCUGUUUGGUUUCCCUGUGAAGGUGGUAUGCAGGGAUAUAAAGAUUAUAUACAGAUCAGAUUUAGAGUUGUGUUCAUUUACCAGGGAGAAUGUCCACCUUACGGAAUAUAAUGAUGGACGUUAACUACAGCAUCAAUAAUGUUGGUACUGUUGUAACAGCAUGUACAGGGGAGGGUGGAGCUCGUCAGUUCCCUAGAAGACUAGAGAAAGUAAAGUUUGGUGGUGAGCUGAGUAUGGUCUGUAAGAAGGGUAUCCCUGGACCACUCCUGUUGAUCCUGCUGAAACUGAACAAGGAAGGACCGUUUAAGAGAGAUGUGUUCAGGGCUCCAGGACACCAGGGGAAUAUGAGGAAACUAAUACACUUUCUGGGGGGGGUUCUUAACUUUCUACAGCAGGGCCGGAUGAUAAAUAUUCAAAACUUCUCUGUGAACACCAUAGCCAGCGUUCUUAAAAAGUUUCUGCGGAAAAUCCCUGGUGGUAUAUUUGGACCUGAGAAUGAGCGAAUACUGUUCCAAGUUAUGAGAUCAGGAAACGAAGAGGAAAGGAAAAGGAGAGUGCAGAAUAUUAUGAACUCUUUACCCCUCCACUCUCAACAGCUACUCGUCCUACUGUUCGGUACUUUCAGAGUGAUAUCUACAAAGAGUGAGAAGACUGGUAUGACCGCCGAGGCCUUAGGAGUCAGUGUUGCUCCCUCCUUCUUCCACACCUGCAGCACGGGGAAAGCUGCAAAGAUGGAAGAUGUUGAAAGGUUUAAGGAAAAACUUAUCGAUGAGUGUGUUUCUAACAUUGCAAAUGCAACAAAAGUCACUUCAUACUUCAUAGAACACUUUGGGAUGACCUGGCUGUUUAGUAAGGAUAUAUAUGAGUACUACGCUAGAUUAACGGGUAGAAUACUCAGGAUUGAGGAUAAGUUCAUAUUCUUCACUUAUCCUCUUGAGAUGUUAGGAACAAGGGAUGAUAUGCACACCUCCCUAAAUCACAGACUGUCUGAUGUCCCCGAGACUGGUAGUUUAGAAUGUAUACCUGAAAACUUAACCCUGGAGCAGGGACGGUUAUCCAUAUCUUUGGAUCAGACUCUGAGUCCCUCUACCCCUGUGUCAGGACUGAAUCAAGGAAGAAGUGCUACUCUAGGUCGUCCAAAACAGUUAACCUCAAACGUACUCCAGAAAACAUCAUCUGAGACUAAAUCCUCCUCCUGUCUUCCCCAGGUACAUAUGCGGCAAGCUGAGCGAAUGAAAGCUAGGUCUGACUGGUUUCUGUCAGAACCUUCAGGGCUGGUCACUGUAAGAGUAAGGCCUGAGAGAUUGUCCAGUCCUCGACCAUCUUCUCUGGGACAAUCCAACUUUGCCUUCCCACCAGACAGGAUUCCAAAGCAUGGUCAGGAGACGGAUCCAAUAUCUAGUAAACCACCAGAUGGAUUGAACCAUCAGGGUGGUACGAUCGGUCUGCGCCGACGAUUAUCGGACAAAGAGAAGGAACGUCAGGAUCGGCGGUUAGUCCGACGAUCCUCCAGUAAACGGAAAGAUAAAGAAAAUGGUGGAUCAGAUCAAAAAGGAGUUCAGACUGGGCCUGCGUUGAAAAGAACAAAUUCUGGUGAAGGAACCAGUUCAGCUGCCCUCUCUAGGACACACUCACAGGAUAGUACUAAGGGUCUUCACAGUCGUGGAGGAUCAUUCGACCAGGACAGUCCUGCCACACCCCUUGGUCCAGCAACGCCUCUUGGUCACGAUACAGUGUCCAGAUCUCUCCCUAGAAUAUAGAACUUUAGUACAUGUUUACCUCAGGUUUUCAAAUCUUUCUGAAGUGAGGACCUGCGUAUUCUACGUGGAACAGGGGGUUCCAUUCUGCUGACUUUAAGCGUGAAGAGUCCCGCAAACAUUUCUGUUUUUACUUUUUUACUAGACAUUGUUCAUUGUUCAGCUAAAACAUGUGCAAAUGAAGUCAUUCUUUGUUAUCUUCUGAUACAUUCCAUUGUAUUGUUUUUGCAUUUUCUUUAUUUAAUAUUCAAGCAUUUUGUAAACUUUGUGGGGAGCAUAUUUUAACAUAUGAUUGAUUAUGUACAUUGUACAUAUUAAGAUAAUUGGUUCACUUAGUUGUACUGUGCACUCACGCUAUUAUAUCAUUGCUUUCAUUGAUAGACAAGACUUGUUCAUUUUUAUUGUAAACCACAUGUAUGAACUGUACGUUAACCAUCUCAUUAUGAACUGCUGAGAAUUCUGUACUUGGCAUUGUUCAUUCUGUACUUGGCAUUAAUCAAAGUACACUUGACAUUAAUCAUUUUCCACUUGACAUUCAUCAGCUUUAAAUUAAU